AUGAAUACACAUAAUAAUAAUUAUCAACAAAGGUCAAUGGAUAGUGCCAUUGUAACGAUUAAUGAUAAAGGAUAUAUACAAUCAGUUGAUAGAAAAACAUGUGAAUUAUUUGGAUAUACAAUAGAGGAAUUACAACUUCAAAAAGUCAAUAUAUUAGUACCAUCACCCUAUAAGGAGCAACAUGACACCUAUAUGCAAAGUUAUUUCGAAACAGGUGUUAGAAAGAUCAUUGAUAAGAGUCGAGUGGUGGAGGGUUUACAUAAGGAUGGCAGUGUUUUUCCAAUUACACUAUCAGUGACAGAGGUUAGGAUAUGGAAUAAGAGAAUGUUCAUUGGAUCAAUAGAGUCGAUUAUAGAUAAACGUUUAAUCAUAUAUACAGAUGUUCAUGGUAUUAUAACCUAUUGCAAUAGAAAUGUCGAAGAGUUGAUAGGAUAUACACCAGCAGAGUUAUUUGGAAAAAACGUAUCCGCAUUAAUGCCAUCUCCUCAUGCCAAAUCUCAUUCCGAAUACAUUGAAAAGAAUUAUCAUGGUGGUGGACUUUGGAAGAUGUUAAAUAGGGUCAGAAAUCUGCCAAUCAAACAUAAGAGUGGUGUGGUGUUUCUCGUUAGUAUUUUAGUUACGAAAAUCUCCACCGAUGGUAUCGAUAUGUUCAAGGCUAUCAUUCAAACACCCCCAAAAGAAGCGGUUUUCACUAUCAAUGGUGAUGGUAUCAUAAAGGCUUGUAAUUUUAAUUUCACUGAACCAAUGUUUGGCUAUACUCAAAAAGAUUUACUUGGUAAUACAAUUGGUCUUUUAAUUCCUGAAAUGUCAAAAAUUAUUGAUAAUACUUCUUUAAAUUUAACAGAUUCUCAUGAUCCACAAUUACAACAGCAACAACAAACAACUACAACAACAACUACUACAACUACAACAACUUCAACAACAUCCACUACAACAUCUACCCCUACUCCUGCUUCAAUUGCUGUUAGUGGUAAUAAUAUAUCAUCACCACCAAUUGAUUCACCAUUAACAACACCAAGUACACCAACUACAUUUAAUCAUAGUAGAGGUGUUGAGAGUUGGUUAGGUAGAACUAGAAAGGUUGAUGUAUGGCAUAGAGAUGGUUCAAGAUUUCCUGUAAAUUUAGAGAUUAUAAAACUUCAAGGUGAGAAUUCAAUGUUUUCAUUACAAAUUAAAAAGGUGGAAAAUCCAAGAGUCUACGGAAAAGAUAAAGAUAAAAAUGGUGGUGGUGGUGGUACUACAGAGAAUAAAGAUGGAAAACAAUUAGAUACAAUAAAAGAAAGUAAAGAACACAGACAUAGUAAAGAGAAAAAGAAGAGAAAAAAAGAUAGAGAUCAUAAUAAUAAUAAUAAUAAUAAUAAUAAUAAUAAUAAUAAUAAUAAUGAACAGACAUCUGAUUCUUCAGAUUCAUCAGAUAGCGAUUCAGAGAGCAGAUCAAAGAAAAAGCGAUCAAGUAAGAAAAAGAGUAGACGUGAUGAUAGUUCAUCAGAUUCGUCAGAUAGCGAAACUGAAUCAUCAUCUUCACCGCAUAAAAAGAAUCGAUCAUCCAAUAGUAGUAGUAACAGCAGUCAUUCAAAUGCACCACACGAAAGUAGCUAUUAUCAACCAGAGAUGAUUGGUGAAUAUACACUAGGUAAAACUUUGGGUAGGGGUAAUUAUGGUGUUGUUAAACUUGGUACUCAUAUAAAUACAAAAGAAGAAAUUGCAAUUAAAAUACUUUAUAAAGAACAAAUGACUGAAUCUGAAUUUACAAGAUGUAAAAGAGAAAUUGAAAUUUUAAAACAAUUAUAUCACCCUUUUAUUAAUAAAUUAUUAAAUGUACUUGAAAAAGAUGAUGCAAUGUUUAUUUUAAUGGAUUAUUGUCAGGGUGGCGAUUUAUUUCAUUAUGUAAAUAAAUUUGGUCUAAAAGGAGUAAAGAUGGUAAACUCACCCGAUAUUGGAGAUCAAGUUUUAAUGGGAGUACCAUUACCAGAGGAUGAUACGAAAAGAAUUUUUACACAAAUUUGUUUAGGUAUUGCACAUUGUCAUAAAUUAAAUAUAGCACAUAGAGAUAUUAAACAUAAGAAUAUUUUAUUUGAUAAUCAAAUGAAUGUUAAAAUUAUAGAUUUUGGAUUAAGCAAUUGGUCUUAUCAAGAAAAGAUGAGUUUUUGUGGUACACCAGCAUACGCAGCGCCAGAAAUGUUAUUAGGUAUUAAUUAUAAUGGACCAGAAGUUGAUAUUUGGUCAUUAGGUGUUAUUUUAUAUAGUUUAGUAACUGGAAAAUUACCAUUUAUAAAUGUUACCGAUAUGAUUGUCGGUAAGUUUAUAUUACCACCAUCAAUUCCAUUGGAUUUACAGGAUUUAAUUAAAAAGAUGUUGACAGUUGAUCGUGAACAUCGUUUAAAUAUUAUGAAUGUUUUAAAUCAUCCUUGGCUUUCAAAGGAUCCAGCUUCUUCCACUUUAAUCUCUCAAAACCUACUACACUCCCCACCUGUAGUUCAUCAACCACAACCACCUCAACAUCAAAAAAUUCAACCAACUUCAAUAAUACCUAAUUUUAAUGAAGUUGAAACUUUAAAAAAUAAUAUUUUAAAUAAUAAUAAUAAUAAUAAUAAUAAUAAUAAUAAUAAUAAUAAUAAUAUUUUAAAUAGUAAUAAUAAUAAUAAUAAUAAUAAUAAUAAUAAUAGUAAUAAUAAUAAUAUUAUUAAUAAUAGUAAUAAUAAUAGUAAUAAUAAUAAUAAUAUUAAUAAUAAUAUUAAUAAUAAUAAUAAUGUCAACAAUAAUGUUAACAACAAUAAGAAUAAUAACAAUAAUAAUAAUAAUAAUAGUAAUAAUAAUAGUAAUAAUGGUAAUAAUAUACCAAACAGUUCAAAUAAUACUAAUAGUAUUAUAAAUAAUAAUUUGUACAAUCAAUCACUUUCACCUCAAAAUAAUAAUAUAUAUCAACACUCACCUCAACAUCAACAACAUCAACACCAACAACAACAUUCACCUCAACAACAGCAACAUCAACAACAUCAACAUCAUCAACAACAACAACAGCAAUUACAACAACAACAUCAUCAACAACAUCACCAACAACACCAACAACACCAACAACAACACCAACAACAACACCAACAACAACACCAACAACACCAACAACAUCAACAAUCACAUCAACAACCACCAGUAUACUUUCCAACACAAAUCAUUUCUGAUGAUUUUAAUUUGACAAGUCAAUUACAGAGAACCCAACCAAAUCAGCAAGUUUCAUUUGAUACAAAUCAAUCUUAUCAACAACAAUUACAACAACCACAAAUCCCUCAUCAAGUUUUAAUGCAACAACCACCCCAAAUUUUAUCGCACUCAAAUAAUCAACCAAUUAAUAAUUAUUAUGUUGGACAACAACCAAUUCAACAAAUACAACAAUUACAACAACAACAACAAUUACAACAACAACAACAACAACAACAACAACAACAACAACAACAACAACAACAACAACAACAACAACAACAACAACAACAACAACAACAACAACAACAACAACAACAACAACAACAACAACAACAACAACAACAACAACAACAACAACAACAAAAUGACCCUAAUUUUCAGCCACAUUUAAGAAGAAUAAAAAUGUCAAAAAGAGAUAACAGUUAUAAUAAAAGAAAGAGUGAAGAUGGAGAUAGUUAUAAAAAGAGAGAUAAUCAAUCAUAUGAUGAUAUUCUAAAGGAUGAGGGAAAUAAAAGGUUAAGAGAACUUCAAACAUAUAGUGAAGGUGAUAAAUCAAGACAACAUUAUAAUAGAGACAGCAAUGAUAAUAGUAGAGAUAAUAAUAGAUAUAAUAAUAGAGAUAAUAAUAAUAAUAACAAUAGUAAUAAUAAUAGAGAGAGAGAUAGAUAUAAAAAAAAUAAAAAUGAAAAUUUUGAUUAUGGAAAAUAUAAAUUUGGUAAAUCAAAUGAAGAUGAAGAAAAUAAAGAUAAACCAAAUAUUGUAAGGGAAAAACCAGAUUUUAAACCAUCUGGUAGUUUAAAAAAUGAUAGUAGUAGUAAUUAUGGUACAAUAUCAAGUGGUAGAAAUAAUAACAAUGGAGAAGAAGAUGAAGAAAAUAAAAUUAAAUUAAAAUGGCAUGAACCUGCCGAAGCAAAAUUACCAACUGAAAAAUGGAUGUUAUAUCCAUUCAAAGGUAAAGAUCAAUUGGAUACAAUUUAUUUACAUAGAAAGAAAUCUUUUCUUUUUGGUAGAAAUAGAGAUAUAGCUGAUAUACCAAUUGAUCAUCCAUCAUGUUCUUCACAACAUGCUGUAAUUGUUUUUAGAAUUAGAAAAAAAGAAAAUCCAAAUACUGGUUCAAUUAAAACUUUUAUUUUACCAUAUAUAAUAGAUUUAGAGAGUACAAAUGGAACAUUUCUAAAGGGUGAAAAAAUUGAACCUGCAAAAUAUUUUGAACUAAGACCAAAAGAUAAAAUUACAUUUGGUACAAGCACAAGAGAAUAUAUAUUAUUAUGUGAAGAUUCAAUUGAAGGAGAUGAAAGUGAAGAAGAAGAUAGUGAUUAA